AUGGAGUUCCCGUUCGAUGUGGACGCGCUGCUCCCGGAGCGGAUCACGGUGCUAGACCAGCACCUACGGCCACCGGCCCGCCGACCCGGAACCACAACGCCGGCCCGUGUUGAUCUGCAGCAGCAAAUUAUGACCAUUGUAGAUGAACUGGGCAAGGCUUCUGCUAAGGCCCAGCAUCUUCCUGCUCCCAUCACCAGUGCAUCAAGGAUGCAGAGUAACCGCCACGUUAUGUAUAUACUCAAAGAUACUUCAGCUCGACUGGCUGGGAAAGGAGCCAUUGUUGGCUUCCUUAAAGUUGGAUAUAAGAAACUCUUUGUACUGGAUGACCGUGAGGCUCACAAUGAGGUAGAACCACUUUGCAUCUUGGACUUUUACAUCCAUGAGUCACUUCAACGCCAUGGCCAUGGACGAGAACUCUUCCAGUGUAUGUUGCAGAAGGAGCGAGUUGAACCACACCAACUGGCUAUUGACCGACCCUCACAGAAGCUGCUGAAGUUCCUGAAUAAACACUACAACCUGGAGACCACAGUCCCACAGGUGAACAACUUCGUGAUCUUUGAAGGAUUCUUUGCCCAUCAACAUCGGCCCCCUGCUACCUCUCUGAGGGCAACUCGACACUCUUGUGCUGCUGCGGUCGAUCCUAUGCCCGCUGCUCCAGCAAGGAAGCUGCCACCCAAGAGAGCAGAGGGAGACAUAAAGCCAUACUCCUCUAGUGACCGAGAAUUUCUGAAGGUAGCCGUGGAGCCUCCCUGGCCCUUGAACAGGGCCCCUCGCCGUGCUACAGCUCCAGCCCACCCACCCCCACGCUCCAGCAGCCUGGGAAACUCGCCAGAACGGGGUCCCCUCCGCCCCUUCGUGCCAGAGCAGGAGCUGCUGCGUUCCCUGCGCCUCUGCCCCCCGCACCCCACCGCCCGCCUUCUGCUUGCUACUGACCCAGGCGGCAGCCCAGCCCAGCGUCGCCGCACCAGCUCCCUUCCCCGCUCUGAUGAGAGUCGAUACUGACAGACAGCUAAGCCCCUCCCCUCCCUGGGAGACCUGGCAAGGGCAGAGACCCCCUCCCUGAGAACCCCAGACCGGAUCUUCCAUUGUAGCCCCCAGCAUCCAGGGGAACCUGACAGAGCCCAGAGGAUUUCCUCUUCCCCUUUCUCGGACAACUGGGUUGUCAGGGUCCCAGAUGGCCUAAUGCUUUGUAGCUUUUCUUACCAUAGAAAGCACCCCCUCUCUCCUAACUCGGGCUCUGAACACUCUCCCACAGACAGCCUAUUUGCUGCCAGACUUCUUGGUUGGGCGGCUCCUACUAAUUAUCCAGAGAAGCAUAGUCUUGCUUGCAGUCAGAUUCUAGAACACCAUGGAAGGUCCAAGGGCCUCCUCUACCAGGGAAACCUUUUGAAGAGUCUUGUCCAUGGAAUGAAUCCUAUAGUCCCACUACACUGUCUCCUGGUAGCUCUAAUACUGCUUCGUGCUACCGACCACAGCUACCCUAUCAGCCUGCUGACGCCAGCCAGUGAUGAGCUCUGCUUCAGAGCAGUCCAGUCAGGUAGGACAGGGACUUACCAGCUCCCCAAGGGAUCCACUCAACAUUGCCAAACUCUUAAUUUCCACAUGUUGUGUGUAUGUGUAUCUGUCAGGGGACCCCCGAGCUGAUGUCUGCUUUGAGGCUCUAGACUCACCACACUUCUACAGACACCACCACUUCCCCUGGGUCCAGGUUCUGUGAGGGAGUUUGUUUCUUGGCAGUAGAUCCCAGCAAGCACCCUAGGAUCACUCUUAGCCAAGUUUCAGAAGCUAAUCCUGAGUCUCAAGGCUCUAUUAGCUCCUGGAAUACUCUCUCACAGCCAUCGCUGCUCGGUCGCUAGAUGCUGAUAGAUUCCUGUCUUGUGAGAUUGUCUUGAGAUGAUGGGGGAACUCCUCCUCUGGCCUUCCUUUCUUCUUUCCUCCAUAGCAAGAACCUUCUUCCCUGCUCCAUACCCAGGGUAUAGAACAUCCUUCCCCCUCCCUACCCUCUGGAUGUGUGCUAGUUCAGAUACCCCUACUGUAUUCCCCGAAAUCCUUGGGAGCAGGAUCUCCCUCUCUUCUGACUCAUUCCUUUUUCUUCUCCCUCUCAGUGUUGUCUGAAUAAAGUGUGAAUUCUUUUGUGUUUUUUAAAUGGACAUUUUCAAUGAUAAAAACUACAAAAGAAAAAAAAAAAAAACACCAAACAAACCUUAAGGUCUCAGCCUCGUUUGUGCGUCACCCCUUAUUUUCCUGGGAUCUCAGCACCUCUGUCCCUCUCUCUCCCUCACCUCUGAGAUCUGCAGAUCUUCCAGCAAGGAGUCUUAGAGCUCCUCUUGCAGGAUCUGGUGUCUGCCUGCCCCCAUCUUCAUUGUGGGAUCUUCUGCGGAUUGUCUCCUCUCAUGUAGUCGCUGGAUCCCUCUGUGUAGCCUUCUAUAUCUACUCCUCCAUUCUCUCCAGAAACCUCUAGCUCUCCCUAGUCACUUCUACCCUUUACCCAGGCCAGCCCUUGCUGAGAUGUUAAGAUUUACUAACAUCUCUGGGAUCCACUAAUUGCCUCCUGAUAACAGUCCCCUAAUUGUUUCCUGAAUUCGUCUUCCCGCUGAUUUCCUGGCCUCUCCCUCACUAAACCCUUGGAUCUCUUUCUCAAGACAGUCCUUUUCCUAAAUUCAGCCUUACCACUCCCUAUUUCCCUCUGGCUGAGGUAUCCUAAAAUUAAGGUAAUCAUGUUUUCCAAACCAAACAUCAGGGCACC